AUUCAACCUGAGUUCCCCCGAUCGAGUCUAUCCCACUCGAACGCGACGGUCGGUCGAACCCCGCCCGGAACGCGACGGAACUCGGUCGACUCCGAGCGCGGUCCUUUUCGCCCGAACGCGUUCGGUCGAAGCCGAAAAGCGGAAGCGGAGCUGAGCUGGCGAGGUGCGAUGCCUUGGCAUCUGAAUCUUGCGACCUUGGUCAUCAUCCUCCACCCUAGUAGCGUCAUGUAGCGUCCUUGCUCCUAGUAGUGAUGCCAAGGGCCCCUAGUAGCUUCUUGUUCCUAGUAGUAAGGCCAGGAGCCCCUAGUAGCGUCCUUGCUCCUAAAAGCAUGCACAGGGGCAUGGACAAGACACAACAAGACAUGCCAAAAGUUGCCGGGGAGGAGGUGGGUCUGAUGGUCGUGGCAGGUGGCAUACCAGUGUGGGUGAGGCGAGUCCAGAAGAGAAGCUCUAGGAGGCUGUGAUGAAUUUCCUGCUCCAUCAUCACACUUCAAGCAUGAGUGAGGGAAAAUGCCACACAUGUUUGCCACAAAAUAGGAGCAGCCCUUUGGAAAGCAUGGAAAAUUUCUGAGAAAUAAGUGGUUUCUCGACACUUUGCUCGGAGUGAUGGGGCCAAGUUUGGGAGCUCGUCGGACAUUUCAUAUCCCUACAGGUCAAGGUCGACCUCAUUUGACUGGAUUUGGUGAUGCAAAAACACGAUACUCAAUGAGGUUUUCAGGACCAAGUGAACUUGUAAGGUCUUUUUGAUGUGUUGUUUUUUGCAUGGGCCCCCGGAGGGGGUAGGACAACUUCAUAGGGGCCCAGGAUGACCGCAGGUUUCUAGCUUCGCAUGUCGUUCGUCUCAUGGUCUUACGCAGCCACCAGUGCUCACCACCGGCUCGGUGGCUGGCGCACCCGGGUGCGCAUCAUGCAGGCUGAGAAGACGUUGCCUGAUGCGACCGUGACAUUUGGGAACACGAAGCUGGCGCGUGCUCAGGCACACGUGCAUGACAUCCAUGCCGACAACAUGAUGCGGCAGCAGCAUCGUGCCAUGACGGGGUCCAUCUAUGGCCACCCCACGGACCUGGGCGCCAGCACCGUGGCGCUCCGCGCUUCGCGCCAAGGGCUCUCGGCGCCGCUCAUGGCGGCAGGCGGUGUGCUGGCCAAUGCUCCGCGACGGGCCGUGCCGCCGUCCGCUGACUAAGAGCGGAUUCGGCGAGGCCGGCGGAGUGUGAUCUUUUCAUGGCUUCUUUGUUCCAGCUCGCUUUUCCCAGUGAAAGCGCAGGCCGUUGUGACUAUCAGCCUUUGACUGAUAGCUGUAGGUCCAAAAGCAUGUCUGGAGACAUGGAGGAUCAGCUCCGGCUUUGC